GCGGAUGGCGACAACUUUUUGAUAACCCACUUUUCAUACAUGCCCCUUCAGGUUCUUCCGUAAACGAAAGAGAAGCUCAAGAAUGAUGAACUUAUCAAUAGAAGACCUCCAGAUAAUCAGGAGGCACUCAAUCCGGAGCCUGCGGGGAAGCUACCGCCAAAUAUUCAUCUCAAGCACGGGCCUCGAGGCCAAAGAUGUCCAACAAAAACCCGAGAUCCUGAACUUGAUGCUCAAGAGCGCUGCUGUAGGGGAAGGUAGGUUGAAAUUGACCUUUCUGGUAUUGAUGGGUUCUAGGGUGUCUGACAAACACAGAAGCCUCAGACUACCGCUCAGUCUUGCGCAUACUCCUCGACUCGCUAGCGUCCUCUACAGCCGCUCAGGAGCUGCGGUACCCAGACUCUUCAGAUAGAAGUACUCAACACCGGAUAUUACUCUUUACUGAGGAAUGGCCAAGACAGCUUGACAUGAACAGCAAUGUAUUGGGUCUUUGCAAAGACGCAUUGGUUAAAGCCCUUUCUCCGGAUACUGAUGUGCCCGACGCAGAUUUGUGGUGUUCUGUGUACAGCCUAUUGAGAACCUUGCACUUUAUGGAUUCAGAUCUCCGUGUAAUCGAAGAAAACUCCCUCCGGAACUUCCUGGUUACCUACCGUCAGCAAUUCCGGGCUUCCUAUCCCAAGUUUUUCUUGAGAACUGCGGGGCGUGCGAUGAAGCUACAUGGGAACACAGAAACCUUAGGCUUGCUACUCGGAGAAGCUAUCCAGGAAGGCCGUGAGUUGCAAUUAGUCCACCCAUAUUCAAGAUGUUCUAUAGAUGAUAAGUAUCAUGGGGUUUCAGAAUUCAACAGAAUGUUCUCCAUCUUCCUCCAAGAAUUAGCACUCAACGGGGCUAGCGCAGAGCUUCGGCACCCAAUUAGAAGUUGUACAAGCAUCCGACAACGGAUACUACUUUUUGCUGAGGAAUGGCCCCACCAGCUUGCCUCCAACGGUAUUACACUCGCUCUCUGUAAGGAUGCAUUACUUAAAGCUCUUACUCCAGGUUCGGACAAGGAAUUCUGGUAUUGCAUGUACAAGCUGUUGGAUUCAUUUUACUUCUCAGGGUCAGAACUAGGAGUGAUUGGGGGGAACCCCCUACGGGACUUCCGCAGCAAUUAUCGUCUGUUCUUCCUUGAAAAGACAGAAACUACGAUUGAAAGAGUGAUAGAAAACCCCGAGAUUCUCAAGUCAAUGCUCAAAAACGCCACAGUACACGAACGUAAGCUAUACCCAACACUUCCGCAUGCUGCUCGUUUUCUGGCCGCUAAAGAUACCACUACUCAGCUCCAGCUUGCCGGGAGCUCUUCCAUGUCUUUCUCAGCCGAUUGGCACUCACUGAUGCUAGCAGGGAGCUACGGCAUCCUAUGGGUUCCCAAACGUGCACCAAACAGCGAAUUAUGCUCCUUGUCAAUGAGUGGCCGAACCAGCUUGUUCUUAAUGACAAGGUGCUGGAUCUCUGCGCCGAUGCGCUGCUCAAAGCUCUCAUCCCCGAGGCCGAUGUCUCAGACAGGGAGCUCUGGUAUUCCGUUUACCAUCUACUAAACGCUUUGCACUUCUCAGAGCUAGACCUCCAAUUGAUCCGGGAGACUCCCCUCCAGGACUUCCGACGCACAUAUCGUCGAUUUUUCCUUGAAACAUCUUCGCUUGAAAUCGAAAAAGUGCUAGAAAACCCGGCGACCCUGCGCUCGGUGCUCGUGGACUCUGGUAAGGGGGAGAGUCUCGAGUGGCCCCCUAACCUCACACAUGUGAGAUCGCGAACAACUGGUUCGGGUUCUCACGAGCUCUUCCAUGUUUUCCUCUGCCAAAUGGCCCUCACGGAGGUUAGUGGGGAACUAAAGCACCCAGUUGGCUCUAGCACAACUGUUGGAAAGCGUAUAUUACUCUUUGCUGCGGAAUGGCCGGGUCAGCUUGACCUCAGCGGAGAUGUACUCAGCCUUUGCACUGAUGUGCUUGUCAAAGCGCUUUCCCCUGAGGAAGAAGUCUCCGACAUAGAAUUGUGGUAUUCAAUGUACCACUUGUUGAACGCAUUCCCGGCGGUGGAAAGCCCGGGGGCAGACAGGAACAUCGCGGCCAUGGUCAAGGACUAUGCGGUCAGGUAUGCAAAGGAGCAUCCGUACCUGCUCGCUCUGAAUGUUGGGUUAACAGUCGCGGGGUUGGUAAUACCCCCAUUCUUGGGGGUUUUGGGGUUUACCAGGGCUGGAGUUGGUGCUGGUUUGUUCUCCCUAGAUUCGGCUCCGAGGUCUGAUGGAUGGAGGGUUUCUUAUUUACUUACGUCUGCUGACUUCCUGGUGGUGGGGGUGUAGGGAGCGCAGCGGCGGCAUGGCAGUCCAGUUUAGGGGUUGUCGCGAAGGGCAGCCUGUUUUCCUUUUGUCAGAGUAUCGGGGCUACUGGAUCUGCAUCUAUGGUCAUGGCUGCUUCGAAUAUUUCUUGGGCUGUUGGCGGGCUUACGGCGCUCUGGGAUGGGUUUGGGAAAGGGGGGGACGAGGGGGAAGAGGGGGACGAGGGGGACGAGGGGGACGGGGGGGACGAAUCUGACGGAGACUGA